AUGGCCAGCCAAUUUAUUCCUGAAGUAUCUACUUCACUAGUACUCAAUUCUUUCAACGGGCGACUUGACUUGGAAAAAAACCCAAUCCCAAGCCCUACACCUUCGGGAUCAGUCGUUGUCCGUGUUCUUAGCACUCCAGUCAGACCUCACCAGCGAGCUGGUUUUCAUGGGAAGAGUCCUCUUUCUUUCCAAACCCCGUAUAACCCUGGCGAUGGCGGUGUUGGCCGUGUCAUCUCUGUUGGGCCAGAUGCUGUAGCUCUCAGGCCAGGCCAACUCGUCUACAUGAACAACUUUGUCACUGCAAGAGAUGAUCCCAACACACGGGUUCUCCUUGGAAUUCAUGACGGCGGUGGGCCUGAGAGGGACGUCAAGCUAUUCAAUCUCUGGCAGGGGUUUUGGAGAGAUGCUGCUAUUGUUCCAGCAGAGAACGUUAUGCCUCUUGACGAGAAAAUUUUAGUUGAUGAGAUGGGUUAUUCUUAUGGUGACUUGAACUACAUUCAGCGACUCUCCGUUGCGUAUGGCGGAGUCAGAGCUGCCGAGCUCCAAGCUGGCGAUACGGUCAUUGUUGCACCUGCCACUGGACAUUUCUCUGGGGCAGUCGUGGAGCUGGCUGCUCAAAUCGGAUGCAAAGUCAUCGCCAUCUCUCGCUCCGCAUCUAAGCUCGAGCCCCUUACUUCUCGCUUUCCUCGCAUCACCGCUCUUGAGUUAACCGGAGACAGCAAGAAGGAUGCUGGAGCUAUUCGUGCUCUGGCACCUCAAGGCGUUGACGCUUACAUCGAUGUCUCGCCCCCGGCUGCCACUGCGGCCCCUCACCACCUUACUGCCUCGAUCGAUUCUCUCAACUCUUUUGGUCGUGUAGUCUUCUUAGGCAUGAUGUUCGAUAUCAAAAUCAACUAUGCCAGUCUCAUGGUUCGGAACAUCACGAUCAAAGCUCAAUUUAUGUACACACGAGAAGAACUAGUCUCGCUGAUCAAGAUGAUUGAAGUUGGAGUCGUCAAGUUGGGCAAGGAAGCAGGGCAUCAGGUUGUCGAACGAGGAUAUUCUCUAAAUGAGUGGGAGGAAGCUGUGACUGUAGCUGAAAAGGCUGUUGGAUGGGGCCAGCAAGUCCUUCUCUACCCUUCAGUUGAGGUGGCCGAGUGA